AUGGACGUGGCAUCCCUUAAUUCUCGCGUAACUGGAAACUUGUCACACGUCCUUGCUAUAAACACGGAACUCCGCAACGCGUGCAUAACUGGGGACUUGCUAAUCGCUGAAGAGCUGUUAACGCAAGAGAUUCAAGGUAGCGGUGUCAACAACUAUCAGUCUUAUCCAAAUCGGUCAUUUGUGAUGUCGCGGAAACAGGACUGGGACCACGCACUUCAAGACGCACUUGAGUCCGUCAGUCUCCACUCCUCGUUGACAGGUUAUAUCUCCAAGGGCAUUGCCCUGUGCGGAAAGAAUAACCCGCAUGAUGCGAUAAGGGCAUUUGACCUCGCAUCACUGUUCACGAAAAGACGCCAAUUUCUUCUCGCGUAUUCCUUACUUCAACACAAUCCUCAGGCCGUUGCACUUUUCAAUGGAAAUCAGCAUGAGGACGCAAUGCUGCGGGUCCAAGAGUUGGCUGCUGUUUGUCCCAAAACUGACACUCUUGCGUGUCGUGUCGUAGAAGUGAGUUUUAUGUAUUUUGUGACUUCUGCCAAAUCCAGGUUCGUGCGUGACAGAAUUUUUCUUAACUCCGCGCGCCAGGCAUAUCUAUGCGUCCUCCUGGGUACCAAUGUCUCAGACGGCGGGCGUCACAGCGAAGCUGCUGACCACUUCACCGCAGCUGUCAAGGCCAGCGCUUGCACAUCGCAGUUGGACAUUCAUUCUAAAUACCAAGACUUUGUGGUGCUUUUCGGGUGGGACCUCGAGUCCUUGUGGCAAAAUGCAAACAAGAAAAAGUGCGAUGCACUCCUUCGCGCAGGCAGGCUUGGAGAAGCAGUCGAAUCGCACCGAUACAUGAUGGAUAUGAGUGACGAAACUAUGAAGGCGAGCUGCCUUGAAUGGUCUACUGGCAAGUCUUCAUUAAUGUCGCCCGGGCUACAAUCCUCACGCGCAUAUAACUUAGCAUUCAUGCGAGAAUGCAACGCGCUCUAUGCUGCCAAUGGAGUUGUUGAGCUUGGUGCGAGUGGAGAUGCUGCCUUUGCUGAGAAGGACUACGACCGGGCCAUUGAACUGUACUCAGCGGCGAUCGAGCUGGACUCUGCAACCGAUACCAUCUUUGCAAACCGAAGUAAGGCGAGGUUGUUGAAAAUGCUAUGGGAGGAUGCACUUCUCGAUGCGGAAAAGGUCAUCGAACUCAAUCCUUCGGCUUAUCUUGGAUACCAGCUAAAGCACGAGGCGCUUCAUGGAGCGCAAUGUUACGACGAAGCCAUCGAAGCUUUCCAAAUCAUGUUGCUAAAACUGGAUGAGGCUUCCGACUCGCAAAUACAAAAGCUGUACCAACACUGUAUCAGUCCAUUUGAAGCAGAAAGCACUAUCCGACAAGUUCUCCAUGCUCACCUCGACAAUGCCCCACUUCGUCUAAUCAACACAUCCGAUGGGUGGUUAUGUGAUCGAGAGGCCCAGACACAUGCUUUCAAGACGAGUGCAGAAUACAAGGAGCUGUUGGCAUCUAUAAUCAAGAAUGCGGAAAUCAAAUUGGAGCACAUCCGAGACGUGGUGGCCAAGUACUUUCAUUGGGUCAUGCUAUCACAUAGGUGGGGAGAAAAGGAGCCGCUGCUGCAUGACAUCCAAGACAAGGUCGUGUACGAAUUGGAUCCAGUUGACAGCACCACGAAGUUGCAGUCAUUCUGCGAAAUCACUCGUGACGCGGGCUUCCUAUGGGCGUGGAUGGACACGUGCUGCAUCGACCAGAAAAACAAUGUCGAGCUCCAAAAAUCGGUCAACUCCAUGUUUGUUUGGUAUCACAACUCAGCGCUCACAAUUGUCUAUCUGUCGGACGUUCUACCUUCAUCCAAAUCUUGUACGUUGGCCAGGAGUGCUUGGAACAAGAGAGGAUGGACAGUCCAAGAAUUCUUGGCUCCUAAAGUCAUUCUUUUCUAUCAACAGGAUUGGACCCUAUACGUCGACCACCAGUCUACCAACCACAAGGAGUCUACGGCGAUCAUGCAGGAGUUGGGAGAUGCUACAGGCAUAGAUUUACGGUCCCUCAUCACAUUCCGUCCGGGGAUGAGAAACCCCCGAGAGAAACUCCAAUGGGCAUCGACGCGUAUCACCACGUUGCAGGAAGACAUCGCGUACUCAUUAUUCGGCAUCUUCGGCGUCCACCUACCAGUAAUGUAUGGUGAGAACAAACGAAAUGCGCUCGGGCGGCUCUUGCAGGAGAUUGUUGCUCAUUCGGGUGACGUCAGUGUGCUCGACUGGGUCGGGAAAUCAUCCGAAUUCAAUAGCUGUUUGCCAGCGGAGAUCACUUCAUAUCAAGCCCCGCCAUGGUCGCCAUCUCUUUCCGAAGAUGAUAUUCAGACGUCUGUCUCAUCGCUGCAAGAUGCUGUGGUUGUAGAGAUGGCUUUGGGAUUGUACCGUGAGCUUGGCUCCCUGAGGGCUGCUCGUUUCGCGCACCGCCGGCUGCAUGUGCCUUGCAUCGCAUUCCUCGUCACCGAAGUCAGAGGGAAACCUGGUCUAAACCAGGGGGCCAAUUUCACGUAUCAAGUCAAGGCCAAAGGGCUUCAUGAUUUGUUGAUCACCACAGAAGACAAGCUGACCCAGUUUUGGCCUGGGAGACCGGCUCUGCAAACAUUCUAUCUUGUUCGUCCAUGGAAUCGUGAUCUCCUGGAGCUGCCUGACUUUGCGGAGCUUCCCAGCCACGCAGAGCCUCCCCCUUCUCCCGACGCCUCGCAGAGCAUGGAAGAAUGUUGGACCUCACCUGGGCCUUCGUUAGACGAUAUUGUUCCUGUGCCCCCAGGAGAAGAAGGGACGGUUGAUUCGGAGUCUCACUCACAAAGCUUACGAUUGAUUGUUCAUCUUGGACAGCCAUUUAGCGCAUUUUUGCUAGCACGGCAACGCGGCGGAGAAUACAAGAGAAUUGCGUCAGAUCAUGUUAUCGUCGCACAAGUCAGAGACAUUACCUCUAUUUGCGAUACUAUAGAUGUCAAGACACUAGAGAUAUUGUAG